GUGCCACAAACACGUAAUUUUCUAAGUAACUCCCCUCAUCAUCAUUGCUGCCCUCAAAAUGGAGAAACCAAUGCAACCGGUUGGUAAAGUUUCGCAAAUUGCGAAUCUAUUCCAACGCAAACCAAUUGAAAUACAACCAGUCGAACAGUUGAGUGCUGCCGCCGCCGCAGCAGCUGCAGCAGCAGCGGCCGCCGCUGCCGCCAACCCCACGGGUACACCCGCCACUGUUGUACGCACAGAAUCACAUUCGGCGCGAUUUAAUAACGCUCGAGCCCUAUUCGAAAAGUUGGGCGUCGAAAGCAAUUCCAAUCUGAGUGUCAAACGUUCGGGUUCGCGUGAAGACAACCUUUGCGGUGAUAUCAAUCAUUCGGAUCGUUCGUCGUCGCGUUCCUCUGAUCGUUCGAUUUCACCACCCAAACGACGUUCUCCCUUCCCGUCCGGUUGUCAGGUGGCUGCUUCAAUGGCCAAUAAUAACAGCAACAGUCAAUUGAAUGGCGGCAUUGUACCGCCUUUGGCAAAUUCCAAAUUCAUAAUGGAACCAAGUCCAAAGUUUCAACACAAUAUAUCACGUUUGAAAUCCGAGGAUAACAUAACGUCAUCAUCAUCCGGUCCCUCGGGUAUGGGCAGUGUUAGUGCAAUUUUGUCCGGUUCAUCAGGUGGUGUCGACAAACCCGAGAAGCCAGAACGUAAAUUCAAUUCCCGAGAAUUAAUCGAAAAACAAAAGAAAUGGACAUCACAUUUUACCAAAACCAAGACCACACGAUCUCAUGGUGAUCUCAAUCGUUGCGAUAUCAUACGCACUGGGCCGGGCACCGUGCUCAUACCCAGUUCGGUGAUACAAAUGAAAGAUGCAACAUCGCCGCCUUUGAAUAAUCACAAAAUAAUGCCACAAAAUAAUCAAAUCUCGGAAACCCGAUCCCCCAUAUUGGCCAGUUUGGCUUCGCAUCAAGACAAACCACCCAGUCCUCCGAUACGACAUUCGGUGCAACCGCCCGAGAUAAAACCACGUAGUAGCAACAAAAUUGGCAGCCCCGUAAAAUCGCCACCUCUACCACCCAUACCAGCUGUCAAACCGAAAAAUGUUAGCCCCGUUAAAUUCAAUCCCGAAAGGGUUCGAUCACCUACCAAAGUCUCGGAACCACCACCGCCACCACCAGCUAAAUCAGCUGCAGCGGCUGCUGCCCAGCAGCGUUCGAUUGAUGAACAAAAUGGCAUUGCCCCGAUACCACCAGAAAAACCUCGCAAAAAAUCCAUAGAUCUCGUGGAAACGGAGGAACGCAUUACCCCCUCAUCGCCAACCAUACAGGCACCAGGUUAUGUUCAUGCCGCCAAACGAGGUUCUAUUGAUAGUGCCGGCAAUAGUGCAUCAAUUGCCAGUGUCAAUGGCCUAUUGAGUGGUAGCAGUAAUUCGGCUGCUUCACCGGGAGCCAGUGCAUCGUCGGGACCAUCGUCGCCGGUACACACCGAAGAUGAGAAACAGGAAAAUGAAUCGACCGAAAAAUCGGAAAUGCAACAACAGUAUUAUCACAGUAUGCCGCGUAGACGAAGGAGCGAAAAUGAAGGACGCUCUAAUAAAUUGGAACGCCAAAAUACCAACAACGAUGUCACCGACAAUGCUGCUGCGAACUCCCAAAACCACGUCAUCACCUCACCGCAGCGUUCAUCAUCAACAUCAUCAUCGGUAGCAUCGAAACGGAUCUCUAGCAUUUCACUGAAUAUGCCAGCGGCCGGUUUAGGUUCCCGACCAGCUAGUAUUGUUUCUUCAUCGGCGACAAGUUUUGACGAAGGAGGUUUCAAUGAACCGUCACCGGAAAUUAAAGCCAAACUGAGGCCAGCCUAUGAAUAUGAAAGUCCAAAGCAACAAAUUACUCGUGCGCAACAACAACAACAAAGUCCCAGCAGCAAUAAAAUGCCAAAGACCGAAACAAAUGCUGUCGGAAAUGAUGACGCUGAUGAUGAUCAUCAUCACUACACAAUUGAAGAUCUGGAUGAGGCUGAAACACCAAGUCUUAACUACGUUGAUGUCGGUUAUCGUCUGAAACCCGAUGGCAGUGAAUCACGUGAGGUAUUCGGUGAAUCGGAACUAUAUGACACUGCAGCCAAGGUGACCGAUAUGCACAAGAAAUUCCAUGCUAAUGGUUUUGCCCAAGAAACCUCAACGGUAUAUGCCAUUAUAAAAACCGAAUCAUCAGGAACGGCAGAAAUUUAUUAUGGCGGUAAGGAAAAGGAACGCCCAGCUGCUAUGUCACCCACAAAAUCCAAUUCCGGAUCCAACUCGUUAAUGGGAUCACCCAUAAAAACUGCCACAUCACCACCAGUUGGCAUUGUUUCGCCCAUACGCCGCCGCAGUUCAGAAAUAAGUGUCAAAUCUACACCACCCAUGUCGCCGCCAUUGUCGGCAGGUAGCAAUGCCAACUCCUCAUCUAAUUCAAGAUCUAUAUCUUCAAUUGCCAAAGGUGUGGCACCAAUCGCUUCAAUGGAUGAGGCCAAUGAUAUACCAGCUCUACCCGAACGACCACCUCCAGCUUCAGCCAUAAAUAAUAUCAAUUCACUGGAUUUACAGGAUUUAGAAUAUGCCGACACCAGUGCUGGGGAGGAUGAGGAAGAUUUAAUGCGUACCAUUGAAGGAGAUGCUGAUUUUGUCGAUGACUUCUAUGUGGAGGAGAAGAUAAAAUCAUUGGUGCAAGAGCCCGUAGAGCCGACGACUGAAUCUAUUGGCCGAGAAGAUAGUCUGCCGGAUGAUAUGACCGCAUACGAAGCAGAGAGAUUGUUGAGUUCGAGACAACAGUCUCUACUAUCCGAUGAACAGGCCAAGGAAGUUGAACAGAUCCUAUCAGCAGCGCCCACAGUUGGUGUUGCUGUUGCAGCUGUAGUGGCCACAGCCACAUCACCGACACACAUUAAAAAUCUCAUAGAAGAGGUCAAACCACAAACACCCUCGCCUCCGGCUGAAACGAUUGUUGGUAGUAGCAGCCUUCACGACGACAACGAACAAGAGGAACAAGAACAAGGCGAGGAAGACGACAUUGAGAAUAGUGAAAAUUCAGCUGAUGAGGAUGAAUAUACCCUUGAAAGGGAAGACAAUGAAAUAGAACAGGAGGAACUGGUGCAACAGGAAUCAUAUAUUGUUGAGAAUGUCACAAUUGAACAGCAGCACGUCGACAAAUACGCUGACGAUGAUGACGAUAUUGAGGAUGUGGAUAUUGUGGGCAUUGGCGCCACAUCGGUAUGCAUAAAUUCAACAUUUACAACAACAGCAGCAGCAUCAGCAACAACAUCGCAUUCAACCAGUAACAGCAAUCUUCAGCAUAACCACCACCAAAAUAACAGACCGCAUGACGAUGAUGAACCGGAAUGGUUGCGUGAUGUUUUAGAGGCUCCCAAACGUAGUUUAGAGAAUUUGUUAAUAUCAUCAACACAAAGUCAUCACAAGGUUGGUAACACAUCAACUAACUCUUCCGCCAAUUUAUUCGACAACAAUGACACAGCGGUUGUAGUUACUACAGCAUCCAAGGUUGAAACCACCUAUGAUGAGACCAAUGAUAGUACCACAAUAUACAUAGCAUCAAACCAAAGAGAUACACAGCAACAAGAAGACCUACAACAACAGCAACAACAACGGCAGCAUCAACAAUCCUUUGAAAGUCAAGAUCAGGAAACAUCGUUAUUAAAUCGAACAUUCAUACAGGAUUCCACUGUCAACAGCACAACCAAUUCACAUUGCCAGUCAACAGCUGAGUCACUGCAUGAAUCGAUUGUCUCUGUUGAAUCCACCCAAUCGGAUGCCACAUUCAACAAUCAGACAACCACCAUUGAUGAUAGCAUCAUAUCGAGUAAACACAAUUCCACAUAUUCGCUUAAUGAACCACAAUCGCUGAAUACCACCAUUACCAGUGUAACUGCCACGGAAUUAGAUGAGUCGCAGUAUUACAUACCGGAAUAUCCGCCAGUGCGUAGCAAAGAGGUCUAUGUGGAAUCGGGUGUGCAUUACUUUGAGGAUGGCAAUUUUUGGAUGGAAGUACCUGGUCUCUUAGACUUCGAUGACGAUGAACUUUCAUAUCCACCAAUACCGGUUAAGAAAAAUCCCAAAGUCCGCUUUAGCCUAGGACCGAUACAAGUAUUUUCCACAUUCUCUGUCAGUGAUUAUGAUCGUCGCAACGAAGAUGUUGAUCCGGUGGCUGCCUCAGCUGAAUAUGAACUGGAGAAACGUGUUGAGAAAAUGCACGUUUUCCCCGUUGAACUUAUGAAGGGUCCUGAAGGUUUGGGACUUAGUAUUAUUGGCAUGGGCGUUGGUGCCGAUGCCGGUCUAGAAAAAUUAGGUAUUUUCGUCAAAACCAUAACAGAUAAUGGUGCUGCAGCACGCGACGGUCGCAUACAGGUCAAUGAUCAAAUCAUCGAAGUCGAUGGUAAAAGUUUAGUGGGCGUAACACAGGCAUAUGCUGCAUCCGUAUUACGCAAUACCUCGGGACUAGUCAAAUUUCAAAUAGGACGUGAAAGAGAUCCGGAAAAUAGUGAAGUUGCUCAGUUGAUACGUCUGAGCUUGCAGGCCGACAAAGAAAAAGAAGAACGUCUUAAGAGACAACAAGAAGAGUACCUGCGCCGUACUCUAGACUAUUCAGAAGAUUCUACCCAACCCGUCUCAGCCAAUUCUAGUGUUUGUGAGGGACCCACCAGUCCCGUUCAAGUUGAACAUCCAAUGGAGGUUGAGGCCACACACUCCCAGGAGGUAGAGUCUCUGAAGAGACUGCUACAGGAGAGUGAAAUGAGUUGCCUUCUAAAAGAGGACAUAAUUGAAAACCUAAAAAGAAAGCUUGUAAAACUCGAGACAACCGGCAAUGAAAAUGAACUGCUUAGUGAACGUUUACGCCAGAGCGAACGUGAACUGGUCAACAUUAAAAAAGAGGCUUCCAAUUUACAAAAUAUGUUACAACAAUCCCAGGCCCAGUAUAUGGCCUUGGAUAAAAAGUACAACAAAGCCAAACGGCUUGUACGUGAAUAUCAACAACGUGAAAUAGAUAUGUGCCAUCGUGAGGAAUUCUAUCAACAAUUAUUGCAAGAAAAGGAUACCGAAUAUAAUGCUUUGGUUAAGAAGCUAAAAGAUCGUGUCAUAAAUUUGGAACAUGAGCUGCAGGAAACUCAGCGUAAGGCCGGUUUCCCUGUCGGAUUACCAUAUGACAGUGCCACACUGAAGUUGACACCACAAAUGAUGCGUAAAACACCUCCGAAGCCAUUAUUCCAAAAACUUGAAACCGAAUUAUCUGAUACAGAAAUAUCAGAUUUAUCACCCGACGGUGAUGGUGUUAAGACUGCCACAGUAGAGCGUAAAAAUCCCGUGAAAGAUGAAUUAGAUGCUGCUGUUCCACAACACGAACUCUUAGAUAAUUCAGCCAAUAAAACAAAAAGUGAUUUGGCUUCCCGUGGUGGUUUAGCUAAUCGUCAACUGCCAUCUGGUAAUAAUUCCAAUACAAGUUCGAGUGCAUCGAAUACCACAACCGCUGUAACAAUUGCCGCCGGUAACAGCACCAAUAAUUUAUCGAAGCGUACACUGAGCAACAGUAGUUCCGAUUGUGCCCUGGAAGAUGCCGAAGAUGAUCCCGCCCUGCAUAACCAAGGAACCUUGCCGGCCGGUCUUAUGGGUAACAUUAAUAACACUAACCAUGUCCAUCACGCUCACACAAACAACACUACCAGCACGUCAGCGUCCAAUCAUGAACUAAACCUUUCCAAUGGUAUACAUCAUCAUCACCAACACCACCUCCAAAGUAAUCUCAUCAGUAACGGGCAUCAUUUUAACAAUGCAAUUAAUGUCGCUAGCAAUGGUGUUGGUAGCAAUGGCAAUGGUAGUGCUGCUGUCAUAGCUGGUACCACCACUGCCAUCUUGCUCAAUUCAACCUCGUCAACAUCAUCCGCAUCCUCGGCUAAUUCGCGGGAACAACAAAUCAAUCAGUUGUAUGCCCAAGUUCAUAAAGAUCAUAAGACAUCUGCUUCGCAUACCGGUUUGCCGGGUCUCUUUAAGAAUUCGCUCGGUUCGCCGGGUGGUGAGGCGACCACAACAACAAUAAUAACAACCACAAACACCAACAAUACCACAACAGCUAGCCCCAAUGAUUUUCAUCGUGGUGGCAUGACAACAUUCGGUACUAGCAAUCGUGAUCUCAAUAGUUCGUAUGAUUCAAUUUUAGGCUCAAACGAUAAACUCUCCGAGAAUGAGCAUUCAUCCGAUAAUUGGAUGUAUCCGAGUCGGCGACGUGUUGGACCCACAGGAGCAAUAAUUGGUGGUAAAAUGCCGCCGUCAUCGUUUACCGAACAGCUAAAUCAAGCAUUGUCGGAAAGAGAAAGACGUUUGGGCGAUGGCUCAUCACGACAUUCCAGCGAUGAUUAUACCGAAAUAAAUAAAAGUCAAUCGGCGGCAGCUAUUAAUUGCAAAACACUAAUAAAUGAAAUACGACAAGCUGUAAAUGAGGCUCAACCAAAAGUUAAACAAGUUAUUCCUCAAUCUUUAUCUCCGCCUGGUACAGUACCGUGGCAACAGCAAACAUCAUCAUCACACAGUAAUGGUCCUCCAUCGCCGACCAGCAUGUCAUCGGGCUGUUCAUCACCCGGUUAUUCACCUAGUCGUGGCUUGGAUUUAUCUGGUUCAAGUUCAAGUUUUUCAGAUCGUAAGGCAGCUGUUUAUAAUUAUAAAGGGGGACCAGUACAUGAAUGGACCAAAGAACAGGUUGGCCACUGGCUUUUAGGCAUUGAGAUGGAACGUUAUAUACCAGCCUUCAAGGAGCACAAUGUUGAAGGUGGUGCUUUGUUAUCAUUGGAUUCGAAAGACUUAAAAACGCUGGGUGUUACUGGCGAUGAUAAACAUCGUUUGAAACGACGUCUCAAAGAUCUCAAGGCCAGCAUAGAAAAGGAGCGCAAAGACCAAGAGAGAGAAAGACGUGAACGUGAGAAAGCUAUACGUAAAGCAGAGAAAAAGGCGGCCAAAAAGAAAUAAAUGUCAGAUA